AUGUCCACCUCAACUUCAACAUCAUCAAAGACGCCCCCCCUACAUUCUCGUAUCAAGCUGAAUCCAGUAAACAACACCGCUCCCCGUACAUAUACGGGGAAGCAUCUCCCUCCAGGGCAACAACGAUCAGUGGGCUCUGGUACGAAAACUCGCCCGCCCCCAUUACCUUCACCCACACCAAACUCGAAUGGUAGCGGCGGAAAUAACGGCGGGGCUGCAAAUGGUGCUUCUAAUGCGAAUACCGGUCCAGGCACGAGGAUAUCCGAACGACGAAGAACAACCCACAAGCCCGAGGAGGAGGGGGAGAGCAUUGUUGUCCGUGGGGUACCGGCAAAGAAAAAGAAACUCCCGCGCGGGCCGUUCGUAACUACUACUUCAUCUAUCCUAGAGAAGUAUCGGGGCCAGCCGCCAAGCAUCAUAAUACAUCUGCAUCCCCAGCACUUCCGAUUCGAAGGGCAAGACGGAAGUUUCAGCUAUGGAAGUCCUAUGAAGGCAUUCUUAGAGUACCUGAAAUCUGAAAUAAUUCCCCAUGAAGUAGUGGAAGAAUUCAGAGAUGCUGGAACAAAGUUCUAUGACGGCUGUCUUAUCGUCCAGAUCCAUGAUCACCGAUCUGCAACAAUUACCUCUUCUUCAAAGAAAAAUGAUAACAAGGAUAUUCCAUAUUCUAUCCAUAAUCGCAGUUUAUGGCUCACGCCUUCCCCCUUUGUUCCAUUUAAGGAACCGCCCUGCACAAGAUCUGGGGCUUCAUCGGGAGAGAGUGAAAAUAACAAGGAAAAUCCGUCAAAUACUAAAGAAGACAAGGACCCAAAGGAUGUAAAGACGGAGAAGAAAACCAGGAUAUUCACUACAGUUCUUCACCCUUCUGCUAUGACUCUCCAUGGAGAUAUGGCUGUUCUAGCAUCUACACCUGUUCCGGUAAGAUCGAUCAGUUUUUCUAGACAACAGCCUUUAUCUGCGGCCGGUACACCGACCUCCGCUACUAUGACAAUACCUCCCACGCCAACCAUGAAUGCACGAACAAAAUACACUACUGUAAUAACGGAAAAGACUGCUGCGCAAUUUGAAGCGAGUGUACUAUUGGCCACAUCACCCGCUCUUUUACUUACCCCAGCCAAAGACCCCGAGCAUUGUCAAAAAAUAAUCAAUACUCUACGGAAUCCCUUGAACUCAUUUCCUUUACCCCCGCCCAAAUCGCGAAAAAGAACAACCGCAGAAUUGGCCGCAGAUGAAGCACAGGCAGCAGAGGAGGAGCGCGUGCUACUUAUUAUGGACGAGCGGCACUUCUCAUCUUCCCAUGCUCAACCGGAAUCUGCAGUUGGAGAUGGUGUUGGCGGGGGUGGAGGCUUUGAACCAAGCUUCAAGAGGUUCAAGGUGCUGGAGGAAAUCAAGCGUAAGAGAAAUGAGCAAAAGGAGAAGGAAAAGGCGGAGAAUCAACGGCAAAUGGAGAGACAAAAGGAUAUGAAGCGAAAGGAGGAGGAGAAUCGACGAGCGGCAGCUAGUAGGUCAUCGCAACAGGGAAGUCCGGUUUUGGCGCAAGGUCCUAUGGCUAUGGGUGUACCUCCAAAUCCAGCCCAGAUGGUGGCGCAUGGGCAAAUGGCAGCAGCGCAAGCACAAAUGGUAGCACCUGGUCAAAUGCCAAUGCCAUUAAUGAGGGGUCUACCUCCCAAUACGGCGGCCCAAGCUAACGGUGUCACUGCCACGGCCCGCCCUGGGAGCGCCGGGGCGGGCCAGGGGCAAGUCCAAGGGGCGAAUAAUAAUCCAGCCCACGUCACGAUGAGGACUCCGCAUCAUAUGGCUCAACAAAGUCCAAUGCAAGCGCUGCGCCAUCAAGCUCAGCAACAAGCACAUGCGCAACAAGCACAGCAGGCCCAGCAGCAGCAGCAGCAGCAGCAGCAGCAAGCCCAGCAGCAACAGCAGCAACAGCAAGCCCAGCAACAGCAACAGCAGGCCCAACAGGCUCAACAGUCUCAACAGGCUCAACAGCAGCAGGGCCACCAGAACGCGCAUUUACAGCACCAACAGCAGCAAGUGCAACAGCAACAGCACCAACAGCAGCAGCAGGCCCAACAGGCCCAGCAGCAGGCCCAACAAGCCCAGCAGGCCCAGCAGGCCCAACAGGCCCAACAAGCCCAACAACAGGCCCAGCAGCAGGCCCAGCAGCAGGCCCAGCAACAGGCCCAGCAGCAGGCCCAACAACAAGCUCAGCAGCAGGCGCAACAGCAGGCGCAACAGCAGGCGCAACAGCAGGCGCAACAGCAGGCGCAACAGCAGGCGCAACAGCAGGCGCAACAGCAGGCACAACAGCAGGCCCAGCAGCAGGCCCAGCAGCAGGCCCAGCAGCAAGCACAGCAACAGGCCCAGCAGCAGGCCCAUCAGCAAGCACAGCAACAGGCCCAGCAGCAGGUCCAUCAGCAGGCUCAGCAGCAAGCGCAGCAACAUAUUCAGCAGCCUGGUCACCCUCAACUCAGCAUGCAGCCACAACCGCAUCCAUCGCAGCACCACCAGAUGACACAGGCCUCUGCCAACCCAGCGCUAGUUGCUCAAGCCCAGUACAGCCAGCUCCAACAACAACAGUUGCAACAACGCCUCGCUGCACAGACUGCUGCACAACACCAGUCCCCGCGUCCUACCCAUCUUUCGCCCCAUGUUGGCCAUCAAUCACCCCACCUGGGUCAUCCCUCCCCACAUAUGCAGCAUAAUUCGCCCCGUAUUGCUCAGCAGUCCCCGCACAUGCAGCAUGCCUCUCCACGCAUUCCGGCGCAGAUGACUCCACAACAGCAUCAGAGUGCCAUGCUUGCGCAGCAGCAGCAGCAGCAGCAGCAUGCACAACAACAGCAGCAGCAUGCACAACAUCAGCUACUUUCACAAUUAGCUCAACAGCAGCAGGCGUUAAACCAAGGCAUGAACCAAAACAUGAACCAUGGCGCACGCGCAACCAUAAUUGGAAAGACAUCUGGCGCAAGUCUUCGUCCUGGGAACCCAAUGGUCGGCGCAAGAUCACAGCCGCAGCAACACAAUUUCCAGGAUUUGGGGUUUGCGCUUAGCGGUGCUGGGGGUGGGGGUGGGAUGAUGAUGGGAAACAUGAAUGGCAUGCAACCGGGAGGUGGGAUGCAAAUGCCGCCUGGGAUGAAUAGAGAAAUGAUGGUGAUGAUGCGGAAUGCCACUCAAGGCAUGGGAAGAGGAGGGCGGCAGUAG